AUGCCGCUCACCCCUGACCCGCACCCGCCACGGGCCGCCUCCCUCCACGCGCUGGUCGACCCCACGCGCUUGCCUGCUGCCGCUCGCACGUGCCCACGUGCUCGCCGCCGCCGCGCGAGCCGCUGCUGCAUGCGCCCGGCGCACCGAGCCUCGACGUCCCGUGCCCCGCCGUGCCCACGAGCACACCCCUGCCCCGCUCACGCGUAUGUGCCGAGCUCGCCCGGCCCGGCCACCGCCGCGCGGCCGCCUUCCGCUCACACCCGCCUGCCCUCCCUAGCCGUGCACCGCGCCACCCCUGAGCCGUGCGCACGCGCGCACUGCUCGCCGCGCGUGGCACGCCACGCCGCGACACGCUCGCCCGGCUCGGCGCCGCCGCGCACGCGCGCGCCCCCCUGCAGCCCGGCCCCGCUCGCACACCCCCCCUGCCGCUUCCCCGCGUGCACGCCCUACCGCGUGCACCCGGUCCCGCUCGCUCCUGCGGCCACAUGCACCGCCGUGCCGCUCGCUGCUGCCGCCCGGCCUUGGCGCCGCUCCCACGUGCGCCGCCCCGCCAUCGCCGCCACCCCGCCCAUCGCUCCGUGUGCAGAGCCACGCCGUGAUGCUCGCCGGCCCACGCACGCGCGGUACGCCCUCGCCGCUCGGGCCGUCGCCCCUAUACCGCACAGCGCCGCCCUCGCCACGUGCCCGUGCCGUGGCAUCGCCGAUGUGCCGCGUCGCCACUAG